GGCACUGACUGGAAGGGGGUGAGCGCAGACCGACUAACACCGGUGUGUGAGAGAGGAAGGUGAAAACAGCAACAGGAGCAGCGACCGAGAGGAGACACCGGGGAUUCAUUCAAACAGAGGGAUAUUCCCAUUACUCGAUAUUAUUAUUAUUUAUUUGUUUUGGAGUAUUUAUUAAUCUAUACCUGAUCAAAGAUGAACGGAGUGACGAGAAGCCUGUGCACGUUUGAGGACAUAAGAAGUCAGGAGUAUGGGGUGAGUGUCCUGAAAUAAUUCACACUUUUAAAUUUUAUUUUCUUGUCUUUUUUCUUUUUGACUUCUCUUUAAAGAAAUACACCCUCCUCAGAUGCAUUGUGGGAAAAUAACAGAGGUGCAGACACUCUUUUCUGUAAAUUGUGGUGUAAAAUGUGUUGGUCCUUUUGGGAUGUAAAGUGUUCCACCAUGAUUUGAUUGUCUUAACAUGAGUCUUUUAAGAUUUCAUCUUCUCUGAGUGCUGUAUCAACUCUUAAGUCUCUGGCCUUGUGUUAAUUAGAGUGCCCUGUUAGUCCAAGUCCUACAGCACAGAUAAAGACAGCAGCUGAGAAGUUGUCCAAACAACAUCUGUGCCUGUCACGGCUACUUCUGCUGCAUCGUUUAAGGGCUUAUGCUUUUAAUGGUGACAGGCGGUGGAGGAAGCUCAGGAAAGAAACCUGUUGAAACUCCUCUUUCGCUGUAUGUUCAUGACCUGUGCAUGCAAAUCCUCUCUGAGGUCCUCAUGUGUUAGAUGAGCUCUUUUCUCUGUCUGUAGCACCAAACAUCUAAUCAUUUACCCCGCCUGGAAAAGUAAACUGUUCACCUGUCCUGAGGUUUAUGAGGUUGCAGAGCAACAUGACACUUUCACCUUAUCUGCUGCCUCCUGCUCGCUUCAGUACCUUCCAACAGCACAGAGCUCAGAUAUCAGAUCAUAGCCUUUAAAAGGGAGCAUAAUGAGGAUCAGUCUCAACCACCAUUAUUUUAUUUAUAAAGUCAAUUGAUAAAGAUUAGAGGGGGUUUUAAAAGCCUGAUUCUACAUUUGUGUCAGUGGUCUAGACUCAGGUAUCAGUUGCUGUUGUGUAAGUGUUGCUUUGAGUGCCACAGAGGUCAAAGUGUAGAAAGGGCAGAACUACACUCACAUAAUAAAACUGAUUAAUUCAGCUGAGGGAUGUGUUAUCAAUCAAAAUGUGAAACUGUGAAGUUUCAGCCUCUAUUUAAGUAAACAUGCAUUGCAUUAAAACGUGUCACAUUACAUAAGCUGCAUACAGGAGGCAAAUUCAUCUUCAUAAAAGUCUAAUCUUAUAGUCAAAUAGUUCCCUAGCUACAGUAUUUACAUAUCUGAUAGGCUUAUCACGCACAGGGUCAGACUAAACAGAGCAGAAGAGACAUUUCACCAUGACAUGUAACAUUUCAUGAUUCUUACAGAAUAACACACAAAAGUCAUCACUAGAAGGAUACAUUUGCGCCUAAAGUGUCAGAGAAAAACCUCCAGAGUUAGUCGGUCUUUUGAAGAUAUUUGUGUUUCCUGGAACUGGGAUGAUAGGAUCUGAGAUAAAACUGAAGGAACAUCCAGGCCUGACUUUGAAACAGUGUGGAAAAAAAAAAAACAGUGAUUAUCUGAAAUUUACAUGAAAUAUUCCUCACAAUAUCUCCUCCCUUCAAACCUGGUGAACUGAGACGGGAACAUUUUAAAUCACGCCACAAUUAUCCCCUCAGCCGUUUAUUUUCCCUGUUUUGUGUGACAUAGCGCAUUCCUUCUGUUAGUCCUCAUCUCCAGUCAGCAUGUCAGUCUGAAGAGUCUGACGUUAUUUGCUGGAAACGUACCAGACAUGACCUAUAGUCUUAUCUAUGUAGGGGAAAGACGGGAAUAUAUGAGUACACCUGCUUUACACGCAACACAGAGAGGUGGUAAAAACAGGUUAAUGUGAUUGACAGCAAGAUGACUGUUGAAAUCGUUAUUGCGUUCUCCAUCACAGUGUAGUUAAUUCUGGUGCUCUGUCGUGACUCAGGUUUAAGUGUUGUGAGCUAACUGUUUACCCUCAAUGUUGACCUACUCAUUUUCUCACAGGAUGGUAAGACACGCCCGAAUCCUUUACCCACACAUCGCACCUUAGUUAUCUUUUAGCGUUCAAGUUUACACAGGCUUUAUCUUAACCUUUUACUUUUGUUUGACCACUGACUGACUGAGCCUAGCAGUCACUACCCAGGGCACUAGAGCGUGCACAUCUUUUGUUUGUGUCUUUAUCUAUUCAUGUAUGUUUUUGUGAUUAUUGUCUUCUUGUAGUAUUUUUUUUUUUUGUAGUUUGAUGCGUCUCUUUUGUUGCCACAGAGUCUUCUCAUUGUACUUCAUAUCCUGGUUUGGUCAUUCAAGUCUCCUUGUAGUUCUGCUGUGUGCCACUGCAAUAGUCAGAGUUUUUUUUCGAUAGUUUUUUGUCUUUUGUUUUACUGAUGAAACUUUAUUUUUGUCUGUUUUCUGUCAUUUGUGACCCUCCAAAGUCAAUCACAUCUCUUUGUGGUUGCUUCAUAUAUUUCUGUUUUUACGUUUUUUGUCUCCUUGUGAUUAUUUGAGUCAUUGUUUUGUGUCUAUUUGAGACUGUGUGUGUCUGUAGUUGUCUUAUAUCUCCUUCUUUUGGUUUAAAACCGUGUUGAGCAGCAGAAAAAUGUUUCUGCAGAACUAAGUUUCCGUAACUGUGAUACGUAUCAAAAGUUUACACAUGUAGAAUAUUUCCUGAUCUAAAGGUCAAGGCUGUUUUUUUUCUGCAUAGUAUUCACAGCAUUUCAGACAGGAAUGAGGAAGCGCCAAGUCAGCUCCUAUGGUGAAAAGAAGCUUUUUGUUGUAACUCUUGGCGUAAAUAAAGUACGGAAACUUAGAAAGUGUAUUGACACCUGCGGCCUUUGGCUCAUACCUGUCGCCUCUGAGGCUGAGGUUUAUAAAUCACCUGGACACAAGACAAAAGUGACAUCUGUGCAGCAGGUGAUGGUGAAAGCAGCGCAAAGAAGGCUUUGAGUGAUUUAACUCGCAUCUGCGCACAAUCUUGAGCUUGAGGAAUGCGUUUGUGGCGUGCAGGUAUUACACCUGGAGGCACUAAAAGAUGAUUUACUAUUUAUGGCGGUGCUCCUUGCAGCUACCUGUGAUCAAAUGAAUUUGAACUAUUUUAUACCAGGAACCUUUUUCACGGUGUGCACAGCUUUGGAGAAGCUCUUCCCAGUUAAUUUAACCCAGAUUAUUCACAGACCUUCAGAUGCCAGAGCCCAAAACAAAAGCGUCUUCAUGCCAUGUAAGCCUUUUAGCCCGGGUUUACCCCCGUGAUCUUUUGUCGUAGCACCCAGCAGCGUGGACACCGUGUGUGAGCUUAGUGUCAAGUUUCUGCCCUGUUGGAAAGCUAAUGUGUACCGCAGGUUACUGUGUGUAUCUGCGUGUGAAAGGGUACGAACAUGCGCGGGGAGACGUCACUGUUCUAUGAUCACAUCCAACUGGUCCCUUUGUCUGUGUUCCCAUGAAGUCUAGUAUUACAGGUUGUCUAAGGAAGUGGCAUUUUUGUGCGUGUGUGUGUAUCAAAGACAGAGCAGGCAGAGGGCCUGGUGUGUAAAAUAGUCAAUGGCAAAGAGAGGAUUAGUCCAGUCUUUGUUUGGUCAUCUAUGAAUGGUUGGAGAAGUUGCAUAAUAAUGGAUUCUUUCUGGACAACCGUCCCUCUGUUCCUCUCUCUCUCCCUCUCUCGAUGUGUAUGCCCCAUUAAAGCUCUAAGGUGUAAUCUGAGCAGAAAGCAUGUUCACCAAGAGGGGAAUUCUUUGCUUUCGUUUCCCUGAGUUUCCAUCUGACAUAGUUGGACCGCCACCACAGCUAAUGGGAUAUUUCCUCUGCCCCUCUCAUUGUUCUUGCUGCUGCCUUUUGUCUCUUUGUCCGACUACUCUUAACUUCUCAUUUCAGCUGUUCCUCUCUGGUUCUCCCUGCCUUACUGUACUUCCUGGACAGAUAACAAGCUAAUCAUACAGGCCUCCUAUUGUCUAUAGAUCCCUUCUUUUUUGUCAGCUCUCACCGCUCUUUAUCAGAGCGUUAUGCAACUCAACCCAGUUAAUAUCCUCCGUCUGGCAAACAUCAAGGUUGGGGCAUACCGCACGUCAGCACACACAGGGAGAUAACACCAUAAAUGUCCUUUUUUCACCUUGAUUACAAGUUAGACCAUAAACUGCUGAUACAGAUGAGUUUUAAAACAGCACAUAUGUUCUUUAUCCUUGAACCUUUAUUAGUUUUUAGCAAUUUAUUAACUUAAUACGGUCAAGUUGUUAAUGUGUCGGCAAUUUAAAGAGCUGGCUCUGGUUCUGGGACUACAUAAAGGUGAAUAAUGGCCCACAGGAGGUUUCAGGAUUCUAGUUUUCUUGUUUUUUAUGCUUCCUUCAGGGGGGGAGUGUGGACAGAUAUGAUGCAUGUUUUGUUGAUAGUAUUGUGUACUCACUUUUUUUCAUUUUCUGCCCUUCGAGAGAUAAAAAGGUGACAAGUCUGUCACAGUUCACUCCUAAUAACUUCCUGUUCCUGUCUGGAGAAAAAUACUAAGUUUGCCAUGUACCAUGCCUGGAAAAGUUCCAUAAAAACUUGAAUUGAAAAUAAAAAACAAAAAAAAAGAGCUGGCUCCGCUGGCAAUGUGUGCACAGGUGAACAUAUUCACUCAUUUAUGGCAAAAAUAAGCAAAUUCUCUCAGACUGAGUCAAAAAAUGUGGCAUUUUUACACAAUAAAAGCCUUUUUUGUAAUAUUACAUAAUUUUAGAUUCUUGAUUUGCUCAUAAUUCAACUCAAACAUGUUUUCCACAUUAGUUGAAUUCCAUCUGCAAACAAAAAUCAUAUGAUGAAAUAAAAAUCUCCUUUGAAAGCCACAAAUGUACGCUGGGAUCACAUUGUUUAGUCUGCUGCAAAAACAAAGUCUGCAGCAGUCCUGACUGGACAUACAAGGUAACGCAGGGUGGCUUGGCCUUUUAUGCACUUGAAAAAACAAAGGGAACAAAAAGAGAGGCCAAAUAGGGUUGCACACACACCCGCUCUAAUUUGCUCCCACACACACACACACACACACACACACACACACACACACACACACACACACACACACACACACACACACACACACACACACACACACACACACACACACACACACACACACACACAUUAUCUCAGUCAAUUGUUUUCAAAUUCCACUGAAUCCUUUGUGGAUCAUUAACCUCUUGUAUCAACAUAAUAUCUUGGCAAUAGAUUUGAUAAUGCGCGUACAUUCUUGUUUAUUGCUGAUGUGUGUGUGUGUUUGUGUGUGCGUGUGUGUGUGCGUGUGUGUGUGUGUGUGUGUUUUGCACUAGCAGAGCAUUGCAGACAUUCUUCCGCCGCCUGCUGUGUGUCUCACAGUCGACACCGAGAGGAUACUCUGGAAAAUAAACAGAACACGAUGUUAUAUAAUGUCUCUGACCUUCUCCCUUGCAUCCGCAUUCUUACACACACAACAUACACUUUGUUGUGUAUCACAUAGAAGGGGUUUCCCUGUGGUGCACUCACACACUCAUAGAGUCACGUCCUGCUCCAGACGUUUCCUGUUUAACUUCGCUCUCCCUCCCCGGUGAAUUCAAUUAAAAGGAGGACGGUUUGUUUGUGUUGUUUUAAAGGGUUUUUGUUGACUGCUGCAUCUGUGCAUUUCUUCUCCCCCGACAAACUUCUUGCUCUCAAGUGCCAGAUUGUUUAUGGCUACUGUGAGAAUUUGUUGCCAUGGUAAUGUCUUGUCUUGUUUGACAAUACAUUAUCUGCCUGCUUUCCCAGAAAUCCAGCCGCUGUUUCUCAUUGGCUGAGGGCGCCUGGAGAGUUUCCGCCUUAAGUCCCUCUGACGUCCACAGCACACAGUUAAAAUCAAACAAUCUGUCUCUGUGUGGCUGCGUAAAACUUUCAACUUUCUCCCUGACGCUUGUACCCCCUCCUCGCUCUCUUACUGGAUACUCCCCCGUCUCUCUCCCUCCUGUUCAGUUUCAUUUAGUGACUAUGACUCAGACUCUCCUCCUCUUUUUUCCCCUCUCCUCCUCAAAAUAGUUCUCAAUCUGCCUCUCCAUCACAUAACGGUCUCUUUGUGGAUUUACUUCAACAUCUCAUUUCUUCAUUGCCCUUUUUUCUUUCCAGGACGGGUGCAGGCGGCUGCGGCUCACACUUCACAGCCAGAGCCCAGAGAGGAGCACAGAUCAGCACAGAGACAAGGUAAGAAGAACUUCCUGCACCUUUAUAACCAAGUUUGUGUCACCGUAGCUGAGAAAAUAAGUCGGAGGAUCAACUUUUGAAGAUGACGUGUAAUUCAUAGUUUGAAUUCUUGAUGGAAAGAUAUUAUGUAAUUAGAUUUGAGCAGAUUUUUUAAAUCUUAAAUGGACAAACUUGGAUGGAGUUCUUAUUAGACGUGAGGAUGGAGAGUUUCUUUAAGGAGAAAAAACAGGACACUUAAGGUGAUGGUGCUCAUCAUUCAAACCAUAUUUGGAUCUGGAAGUCUGGACAGUAAAGCUUCUCAAUAAUCCCCAAGAUAUUACUUCAUAGCGAGCGUUCACUCACGCAUCUACAGCGCCACAUUCCUGCUCCUCACGAACUCCACAGAAACUCACUCUGCUUGUAAACAUGCCAUAGCUGCCACCAGUGUUUCAUUUGCUUGGUUCCCACACAUGGCCGCUCAGGUCGUCUCAAGACGGCCAUUGUUCUACCAAAACCAGCGCCUGGCGUACAAAAAAAAAGAGAAAAAAAAAACAAGACCACCAGAGCGGCAGUUACAUAAUAUCCCUCCCCCUUCUUCUGUAUGAGUCUCUCUCUCUCUACUUUUGGUUUCGACCAAGUCUGACUACCACUUUCAAAGUGGCACCAGAUGUUUACAGAUCAGUCUCCACAGCGAUUCUAGCUAAAUGUUUGUUCCUGAGAAAUUACUGAGUCACAGUCAGUCCCAGGCGCACAGAAAUAAUUUGAUCAGGAAAAGACUGCUGGACAAAGAGUUUGCUUUAUGAACUCUAAUCGUUAAAUUGCAUCAUUCCCAUCAGACGAUCCAAACAGAUGUUUCACAAUAUUCAUCAAAGGAAGCACUUCUGGCCGUCGCACUGAAUUUUGUUGUGCAAUCUUAAUCCGACACAUGCUUUAACUCUUCCUCUAGGGCGAGCAAAACACGGUGACUUCACUCAUUUGCGUAUGUGGUUUGGAAAUGUAUCACACCCAGACAAAGCAUGCAUAAUUCCUCUGCUCUCUUUAUCCUCAGCCGAUCGGACGAGCCUUCGCACUUGUGCAGCCAGCCAGCGACAGGACAUCUUUCGCCCCAGAACCAGUCAAAACUACUCAGGAGCAGGUGGAGGUUAUCAAGGUGGGUGACGCCUUGUUUCUUUCGGCGGUGAGGGAAUAGAUGGCCUGUGUUUGUUUUGUGAUCACCUAUGUUUGUGUUCAACAUCCGUGUUUGAUAUCCCUUGUCGUGCCAGGUUUAUCUAGAGGCACGCAAACAGGAGCAGCAGAAGCACCAGCAGAGCCUGAAGAUGCUGUCAGAUGAAGUUUCACAGAUACAGGAGGUCAGUGUGUACCCCCACUUUCACACUAACACAGACAGCAGAGACCGGCUUAUAUAACAACUUGCAUGUUUGCAUCAUGUAAAUUCCUUCCUGCUCUCUGCCCAUGUCUCUUCCACACUUGUUACUUUACACACUAAAAAAUAUCCAUUCAACCGUCUCAGGAUUCACGUCUCUUUGUGUUUCAAACAGGUGAGGUACUGCCUGAAGACUCUGAGGGAGCAGAUGGCAGCCAAGACCAAGGUAGGUCUAUUUUGAGCUGCUUUUUGUUGUAUCUCCCACCCUGUGUGCUUAAUGGUGUUUCCUCCACGUAUCUGCGCCUCCAUCUUUCACUGCUUCCUCACGCACUUCCUUCUUUUCUUUUCCAAGCCGCACACAAAUGGGUGGAAAGUUGGCGUUCCCUUCAAAAAGAGCUCAUCUGCCUCUAAGGGCGGAGCUAAAGCUGACGGACAGGUGAGCAGUCUCUCAUGUGCAAAGUUGUAUCGAACUCUCAGUCCAGCUGGACAGAUUCAAACAUUUUUAAUUGUUGCUUAGAGAUGUGUUUUCGUGCGAAGCAGUCACCUCCUGAAGGCAAACAGAGAGUGAGGAGUGUCAUGUUAAAGAGAAUAAUGUGAUAAAGCAGGAAAAGAAAGGGAUUCAAAUGACAGAGAGACUGUAAAAAUAUACUCCAAGCACCCUGGGGUGCGUGUAAAUGUGUGAGAACGCGGUUCAGGCACAAACUGUUCCCCUCCUCACAUGUGUUUCGGUGUUCCUCAUUGUUGCCAGCAUUCCACAGAUGCUCCCUCUUUAAUAGUUUUGUUGCUAUCUUCAAGCACCUUUAGCAACCACAACUGUCUGCAUGUCGGUGUUUGUGUACAAAUACAACAAACAUGAUGUUUACUUUAAUUGGCUGCAUUAACCGUGAGUCACGCGAUUGCUCGCUCACAGAGGUGCUGCAGGAACAGGAACAGGAGGGAAACUCUCCAACUGCUCCAGUGACGCACGUCGACACGCCUGUUUUUUCUUUAUGACAGCCAAACCCACUGAGCUCACUGGAAACAAAAACAAGACUAUAAUUACAUCAGCUGAAGAAUAUGUUCUACAUCUACUUAACUUUCCAUACAUUAUGACCUCGCUUUACAGAGAAACUUUGUACAAUAAUCUUCUAGUUUUUUCCUUCUAUAGUGGAUUGACAAAUUAGAUGCUGAUCAUCAGGAAAGUGUCCUUCACACCAAAGUGAAGCAAAACUUCAUCAAAUUGACCGAUCAGUGAUUUUAACGACACUUGAAUAGAUCUAGAAGUGCUCACAAAAUCAAAUGUAAUGAAUUCUGGGAGAAAUGCUGGCAUGAUUUUACCUCAAAUGUCCUUUAAUUGUUUGAACAUAUUUAUAUAACCUAUAAACAUUUGUGUGUGAACUUAGGUGUAUUUCUUCUGCUUUCAUGACUUGCAGUGGAGUGUUAGGGCCGCCUUAUGAUUAUCAUUUUGGCAGAGGAAACUGGCUGCUCACAAAAUUAUAACUUUAUAGGAUUUUACUCUUGUAAUAGAAUGACUUUAUUUCCAAAUUGUUAUAACUUUAAAACAACUUUUUAUUUGCAUUGAUAUGAGCUCUUAGCAGAACAAUACAGCUUGAUCCUCUACAGCUUUAUUCUCUUGGGAUUUUGACUAGUCCUGAUACUGCAACCCACCUUUUCUUUCUCUUUCUGUUUUUGGUUUCAUACUUAUGUGCAGUGAUAGAGUUAAAGAAGGAUGAUUUUAUUAGUAAUGACUGUAAAAUCAUCCGUAAUGUUUACUUAAAGUAUUAAAGAUACAUGAAAUGUUUGCUUAGUGUUCGCCUGCUCAAAGUUAGCAGAUGCACAUUUGGCAGCGCUCACAGUUUUGACUCUCUAUCAGUUUGCACAUCAGGACCCAGCUGGAUUUCAAGGGAACACCCUUUUCAUUUGGUUGCACACUCUCUAUGGGAUUAAGAUCUGGACUCAGAUUCAGCCUCAGGACCUUACAUCAUCCUUCUGCUGAUCUGACGCUUGAUUCUUUUUCUUUCAGGAUGCAGAAGAAGAAGCAGAGAGAACCAAGCUGAGGGAGGUCAGUAAGCGCUUGUACGCACAGCUCCAGGAGGCAGAGAAGAAACACCAGGAGGAGAAAGAGAGGCUGCAGGUAACACACCUCCACAAGAGCCAAGAACUGACUUCUGUGCUUUAUAACUACUGUUUUUUUUACUGCUUUUCAGUCAGAUUUUAAGCUAAGUAAACCAUGUAUCUUCUAGGCAGAAGGCACUAAGCUGAGGGAGCAUCUGAGCAGCCAGGAGCAGAAGUUAAAAAUCGCAGAAGAAGACCAUGAGAAGAAAGACCAGCGCAUUGAUGAGCUGCAAAGGCUGCUGGGAGGGAUGGAGCAAGAGAGCGCUGCCCUGCGGGAGACAAUCCGCAACCGUGAGGAGGAACUCCGCGAGCUGCAGAGCAUCAGAGAACAAGGCCAGAAAGGCGGGCAAAGGUGAAUUGAACAGCAUACAAAUGCACGCACACAGAAUAAAUAAAGACAAUCCACUCAGGAUUAGAGGGUUCUAAGUGUAUGUGUGUAUUUUUAGGGCCGAGCAGCUGGAGAAGGAGGUGGCUGUUCUCAAAGAAAAGAUCCACCAUCUGGAUGACAUGCUGAAAUGCCAGCAAAGGAAAGUCCGACACAUGAUCGAGCAGGUGAGGCGCACAUGUGUGAGACUCAGUAACGUAAACACAGUGUCUCAGUGUUCAUAUUUGUGCAGGGGUUUCACUCCGCCUGACUGUGUGUUUGCUCUGUUUUCAGCUCCAGAACUCGCGCAUGGUGAUUCAGGAGAGGGACCGAGUUAUCAAAGAGCUGGAGGAGAAAGUGGCUUUCUUGGAGGCUGAGGUGAGAGAUGCGCAUAGUCUUCUUCUCUUGAAAUUAUUUAUGGAUAUCGUGAAUGCCAGGUUAGGUUAUGUACAGAAAAGAUCAGACCCUCAGCAGUUUGAAAGAGAUGCAACCAUCAUAUUCAUCUAUUCUCGCCAACUGAUUCUUGACAUUUUCUAUGUGCAGAACCGGGAGAUGCAUGAUCAGAUGGACUUCUUCUUGGGAGGUCAAAGGUCAAAUUCCUACCUAUCAUCAGAACGCAACCCCCAAAUCGUAUACAGGUAACUUAACUGUCUUUUCUGUCUGUGUUUUAAGUUGUUUUAAGUGGUGAAAUCAUGAGUUUCAGAACAAUAACCUUACGUCAAAUAUUUCAGCCUGUAAUCAAAUAACUCGGUCGAACACAAGACCACGUAAUAACAUCUUCGUCCCUCUCAUUUCUCCAGCAAACCGCUCAAGCCAUCCACCACAUCCAACAAACCGCUCCCUUUCAUCAAAGUCAUCGAGAUCAAGUCUUGAAGCGACGACGCGGGAGAAACACACUCAAAGUGUCAAAGGUCACUGAACCACCAAACCGAAACCAAACAGCACCACAUCUGAACUCAUGAAUGUUUUGGAUGCAGGAGCGGAGCUUUGUAGACCGCAAACACAUCAACACUUACACUAAAGUGGUCCACAGUGGUCCACCACUUACAUUGUUGAAGGAAACUCUAUGGCGUCUGUUUGUCCACUUUAACGUAGAAACACUAAGCGUACUGACUCAGCUGAGGUGCAUUUGAAGUUUUAUAUGUUGUACUGAUUCUUUGUUGUGCGAGUUUCUUCGCCCUGCCCUGUUUCGUUUUGUAACCUUUGAGUUUAUGACAUUGACGUUUCGUUCAAACAAAAAUGUGGGGCAAGGUGCAGUUGUGUUGCCAAAGUGGGUUAAGAAGUUGUAAAAUCUCUCAGAAAUGUAGCAAACAAAGCUAACUAAGCUAGCGCUUCAUGUAAAAACCAUUAACAAGUCGACCUACAUUCAACGUCUUUGUACACACCACUUACCCAUGACUCUGUUCACUCAGUAGAUUGAACAGUAAAUUGCUUCAAAUGUGUAAAUACUUAAUGUAGUCGAUAUAAAGUUAAAAACCAGCUGUGUUUCAGUUUUAGAUAAACUUGUUUCUUAAGCCAUAAAUAACAUGGCACCUUAUGAAACUGUGAGGAAGCAGCAGAAAAACGAGAGUCAGCGACGAUGAAGAAACUUUGACUAACUGCUUCAUAGAAGUGUCGUUCUAUUUCUAUCUUUUAUUUCCUGUAAAGCAUUUCAGCUUCGUCAUUGUGCAAAUUUAUGUUGUUUUGUAAAUAUUUAUGAAUGUGUUUGGAUGUUUCCACUCUUGCCUAACAACUCUUUCUUUGUAUUUAUUUAUAUUAAAGAAAAAAAACUCUAGUCAGAGAGUGUGACGAUUUUUUUCUGAAGUAUGUUAUCAACUUUGUUUGUGUUUCAGAAUAAAAUACUCCAAUAAAAUUCU